UCCUGGGACUGGCGUUUCCUGCCUGCAGAGCACAGAAGCAGCUUCACAGAGCACAGCUCCCGUAUGCUGUUACCACAUGGAACUGGGGUGAAACCGUGCUCCCUAAUUUUAUACAUUUGAUAACAUUUGGGAAACAGGACGCAGGUGGUCAAAAUGAAAGCUCUCAUCUUUGUAGCUGCUGGAGCCAUGCUUCUGUCACCCACAUUCUGUCAAAGCGGUAUGGAAAAUGAUACAGACGACUUGGCAGAGCCAACAUUAUCCAUUAGGACCUUUCGUGGAGCUCCCACAAGUUUUUUUGAAGAGAUCCCCCUUUCUGCUAUAGACGGCUGGACAGGAAGCACAACUGUAAAAAUAAAGUGCCCUGAAGAAAGUGUUUCAAAUCUCCAUGUGAAUAAUGCCACCAUGGGGUAUCUGAGCAGCUCCCUAAGUACCAAACUGAUACCUGCCAUCUACAUCCUGGUGUUUGCAGUGGGUGUGCCGGCCAACGCUGUGACCUUGUGGAUGCUCUUCUUCAGGACCAGAUCCAUCUGUACGACCAUCUUCUAUAUCAACCUGGCCACUGCAGACUUCCUUUUCUGUGCCACACUGCCCUUUAAAAUAGCUUACCAUCUCAAUGGAAACAACUGGGUCUUUGGAGAGGUCAUGUGCCGGGCCACCACAGUCAUCUUUUAUGGCAACAUGUACUGCUCCAUUCUGAUCCUCGCCUGCAUCAGCAUCAGCCGCUACCUAGCCAUUGUCCAUCCUUUUACUUACCGGGGGCUGCCCAGGCGCACCUAUGCCUUGAUCACAUGUGGACUGGUGUGGGCAACAGUGUUCUUGUACAUGCUGCCAUUUUUCAUUCUGAAGCAAGAGUAUUAUCUUGUCCACAGGGACAUCACCACCUGCCAUGAUGUCCACAACGCAUGCGAGUCUUCAUCUCUCUUCCAACUCUACUACUUCAUCUCCUUGGCAUUCUUUGGAUUCUUAAUUCCAUUUGUGGUCAUUAUCUACUGCUACACAGUCAUCAUUCGGACGCUUAAUGCAUAUGACCAUAGGUGGUUGUGGUAUGUUAAGACGAGUCUCCUCAUUCUUGUGAUUUUUACCAUUUGCUUUGCUCCCAGCAAUAUUAUACUUAUUAUUCAUCAUGCCAACUACUACUACAACACCGACAGCUUAUACUUUAUCUAUCUCAUAGCUUUGUGCCUUGGUAGUCUGAAUAGUUGCUUAGAUCCAUUCCUUUAUUUUCUCAUGUCAAAAAUCACAGAUAACUCCACAGCUUAUCUUACAAUAGUGAAAUCACCUUAGAGAACAAUGGAAGCUAUCUGUGAAAACACACAUGCUUGGGACCACAUGUGUGUAAGUGCAAGGAGCUCCAUUCUCUAGCUCCCUUUUGAAGCUCCUGAGAGAUAGUGCUUCAAAAACAACACUACCAGUAUUUUAAGAACAUCAAUGUAGGAGAAAAGGUAUCACCACUCUCUUUAUGGCAGUGGAUACAUUUACCUGACUGGUACUUUAAGCUCUUUAUAGCUCUAUCUUCCCUCCUUCUAUGAGCUUUCUACUCUAGAUGAAUUGAAGGAGAAUGGGACAAGGGACAAUGAUACAGCAUGGAGAGAAGCUAAUAUCUCAGUUUUUGGUACCUGGUGUCAUUUUUUAUUCCUCUGCCUUCUUCCAAUUGCAUGCUGGGGGCCGCCUCAUUAGCGGAUUCUACCUUUGUAACAUCUCUUACUAGGAUCCAUUAUCUUAGUCCCAUCUUUGCCUUCCAACCAUUCUCUUCCUGUCCAGCCUAUCCUCCACUUCACCAGGCCACUGCCAGAUUUUUCUUCCUCAAAUAUCAGUUUGAAUACCUCACUCAACCCUCCCCCGACCCCAAGCUCACUGCAGCAUUAUUUAUGACAAACAACCUAUGAAAGCAACCCACGUACCCCUCAAUAGAU